UUUUUCUUUUGCAAGUAAACAUCUUAUGGGGCCAUUGCCGUAAUUUCGUGGAAGCAGAAACUUGAACUGGUCAGAGGCAGUUGUGAAAAAUACCAAUUGAGAGAGAGAGAGAGAGAGAGAGAGAGAGAGGGAGAGGAGGGAGAGGGAGAGGGAGAGGGAGAGGGAGAGGGAGAGGGAGCCCAUGAAGUUGGAUAAAUUAGCGCAGUAUACCUACCUGUACAAGCUGAAUCUCACUAGAAGAUCAAUGGUUUGCGUCUCUCUUACAGGUUUUGCUGCCACUCAUUCUGAGCUUAUGUUUUGUUCUUCAAAGCGAAAAUGAAAAGAAAGCUUGAGAUUAUCAGGGAAAAAGGAGAAGCCCUCUUGGGUCAUCAUCAAUUGAUGGUAUCUUCAAUGGAGAUACUUGAAUUAUGCUGAGGUAUAUCAAUUGAACUGAGAUAAGCUGAAACAAAGAUAAAUAAAAGGCUGAGACAUUUUUGCUAAAUCCAAGAUUUUUUUUUCCUAAGGGUGUUAAAAUCUACUUAUGGAUUUAGUUUUCUGAUUUCUAUCGACAUAAGGUGUGUUCAAGGAUUAGCCUCCGGUGUUUGGCUACUAUGGUUAAUGUCCAUUAAUCCUAAAUUUCAAUGGCUAAGAGAAGCUGGUUUAGUUUGGUAAAGAGACUCUUCAGUUCUGAGACAAAAUCAAAGAAGGAGAAGGCAAAGAGGUGGCGAUGGGUUCUUGGAAGACUCAAGGGCAAACAAUUCCCUGCACUUGCAGCACCGGAGAGGACUUUGAGUGAAGCAAGAGAACAGCAGAGAAAGCAUGCUCUGAGUGUUGCCAUUGCAACAGCGACGGCUGCAGAGGCUGCAGUUGCAGCUGCCCAUGCUGCAGCGGAGGUUGUCCGGCUUACAGAUGCUUCCCAAUCUCACAAGAAGUGCCUUAAGGAAACUCAAAACUCAGCUGCCAUUAAAAUUCAAUCUGCUUUUCGAGCACAUCUUGCAAGGAAAGCAUUACGAGCAUUGAAGGGACUGGUGAGGCUUCAGGCUAUUGCACGAGGCCGAGCUGUGAGACGCCAAGCCAUUACCUCUUUGAAGUGUUUGCCAUCGAUUAGAAACAUACAGCAACAGGACAGUGAUAGCAAAGUUUUAACCUUCGAUGCAAGUUAUACUGAUGAGGGAAAUAAACAGUUCCUCAAACCAAAAAAGGAUUUGCGAGGAAAAGAAGUAAAGAUGCUCAAAUGCAAGAGUCAGAGAAGUUGGGAUUACAGCAUGCUUUCAAAGGAAGACAUGGAAGCCAUAUGGUCAAGAAAGCAAGAGGCAAUUAUCAAAAGAGAGCGGAUGAUGAAAUACUCAGUUUCAUUUCAGGAGAAGCAAAACACAAGUGUGCCAGAAGAAACAAUUUCAAACAAGGAACAUGGAAGACGGAGACACUGGUUAGAACAAUGGGCAUGUGAAAGGGAAGAAUUGGAGAAUUCAAAAUCAAAUGCCCAUUCAAAUGCAGUAACUGAAGAUAUGGGCAAAACACUGCAGCUUAAACCAAGAAAUUCACUGAAGCAGGACACGGUAGAAAGACUAAAUCUCCCAAUUUCACUGCCAAGGAGAUCAUUUUCCCAUGCUAAACAGAAGCCAAGUGCAGAAGAAAGUUUGUUCCCAAAUUCCCCUGUUUUUCCAACUUACAUGGCUGCAACAGAAUCUGCCAAGGCAAAGGCAAGAUCACUGAGCACACCAAAGCAACGGGUAGGAUUUUCAGACACAUGCUUUGAUCACAGUUUACCCUGUAAAAACAGGCUAUCCUUUUGGUCUUCUUAUAAUAGUGAAUUAAUUAGCACUAGUGGGAAGAGUUGCACAUCUCAAAAGACACCUGUUAUCAUGAAACGCAUUCACUGAGAAAAUUUUGAGCAAACUGAAGAGUUGCUUUGCUUUCAAAAGUUCUUCAAGUUUCCAUGUGUAGCAAACUAUGCCAGCCUUAUUUUAUAUGGGAUUGCUGGUUGGUCUUUGAUUCAAAGUUUUAACAGGAUAAAGGAAUUCAACUUUCUACCCAUGUAAGAUUUUCAAAGAAAUAUAAUAUUCUAAGGUCGGUCUUUGAUCAGGCCCUUCAAUA